AUGCCUUAUUGUUCCCUAUUGCCGGUUUUAACAGUUCCAUUUAUUUCAAUUGGAAGCAUUUUAUGCUUUUCACAAUUUGCGAAGGUAUUAGAUAGGGAAAGGAGCGGAGAUUCUGUGUGUAUAUUGAGAAAUGACAUGUUAUUAGACAGUGAUGGAACUACCCCAAACCAAUGUCGUUGUGAUUUUACAAAACUUUCAACUUAUGAGUAUGAAUGCAGUAAAGACGAAUCUGGUUAUGUAAAUCAUCGCAUCUGUAGGGAGAAACCAUGUCAAAUAUGCUGUAAAUUAUUGUUAAGUAUGGGAGUCACAAAUGAACCUGCAAUUUUAUGUCAAAAAAGAUGUUUUGGAUCACCAAAAAUUGAUAAUGUAACGGAAACAGCUAAAUUUGAACUUGCUGGAAAGCUAUGGGAGUUUACUCAUAUAUUUAAACAAAAAAACAUAUCUCAUACAAUAAAAGAAGCCCAUAAAACAGAUUAUAACGUUAUACAAUUAUGA